GAGAGGCGUGGGUCGCCGGGCCAGUCAGCGCCGCCGCAGGCCGCGUGCGGGCCGUCAGAGGGAUACUAAUAAGAAAUGAAUUUUAAUGUCUGGAAUAUCAAAGAGAUGCUCAGUAUGCCUUCAGGUUCUGGAACCACUAAGCCCUCUAGCUGGAGUAAUAAUCAGACUGAUUAUUCUAGUCUCAGUGACUCCCAGUUCCUUUUUGGAUCCCAGUUCUGUCCAGAAAGUUCAGAGACCUUGACCGCACCUUUGGACUUUGGAGUCCAUUUGAGACAUCCCAAACAGACAAAGCAGAACGCACUGGACAGUGAACCUAAUAUUUUUACAAAGUACCAGACAAAGCCCCAGUUGUUUGGAGGAGAUACUAAAGAUGGAGAAUUGCUUCCUUUUCCAUUGACUAUUGGGAAAUCAAAAAGUCUGUUGGAACAAUUUGAGGAGAAAAAGAACAGGGCAAAAGAUAAAUGUGACAGUGAGACUCUGUACAAAUUAAUUUCUCAUGUCAGAGAAAGCAUUCACAGGUUACAGACAUCUGUGGAAACAUCUGAGGAACAUCUUAGUUCAAGAAGUCAGUCUAUUUUGGAUUCUUUGGAGACAAUGGCCAAGACAUUGCAAGAGACUGCAAGGGCCCAGAAUGCCCUGGUGGCAGAAGCAGUGCAGGACAAAGGCAACCUGGAGACGGCCAUCCUCGAGAUGCAGAGGAAACUUGGAACACAACAAGCAGAAUUUGUUGAAAUGAAGUCCAACCUGACGCAUCUUGAAGCUGUAGUCACGCAGCAGAGUAAAGACCUCCAGCAGCUGUGUGAGCAGCUGAGCCAACUGAACAUGCCUGGAGUUCUUGAGGAGCUGAAGAGACUCCUCACAGGUCCUGGAGCACCGAGGCCUGUGAAAGACAGCACUUGUCAGACCUUGCCGCCUCUGACCCAGGCCGCCUCUGAGGAGGCAGCUCUGCAGCAGGCUCAGACCAUCCCUGACAGGACUCCUCCUGUGCGCUCUCCGCAGCCUGAGAAGCCUGGUGUCCGGGGCCAGGCUUAUGCGAGGGGUGCUCUCCAGGAAGAGGCUGCAUUGCUGACGGCUGGAAGCAGUGAAGGGAACAGAGGGGGACAGGACAAGGCCGUGCAGGCUGACUGCAUGGCCUGGGCGGCAAGCUCUGACACCCACGGCUCUCGCACCCUACCUCACAAGGUUCCGGGUGACAAGGACCUGGCUUCCCAAGGAGCUUCACAGCUUACAUCACUAGACGCAAACAGCUUUGUAGCCAACAUUAAGAACACCUGUCCAAACCAUCAAGCUAAACGUGUGGUUUCGUGUGAUCCUUGUGAAGAAAAGUUUGUUACUGAGCAGAAGUGCAGAACUGUACAGAGAAGGGGGACAGGGAGAAGGAGGCAGCCCAGGAAAGCCCUGCGGGGCAGGCUCUUAGUCAGGAAGCAAGAACACACUCACAGAAACACCUGUCUUUUCAGACCCGAUCCACAGCCUCCCUCUCAUAAAAGGCCCCUUCAGAGGCAGCAGGAGCCCCUGGCUCAGCCCCUACACCUCUGGGACCCCCUCACCCCUAAGAAGCCAGACUUCCCUCCCCUGCAAGAAGCAGCUGUGCCCAGCACAGCGGGGGCAGCAGAAGGCAGCCUCCUGCAGCUCAGCCGGCAGACUUCCCCGAACAGCAGCUCCCAGGGGAAUAACCACAUAAGCUGGUUCAGUGGCCUAAAGCUUGGGACUUCCGAGUCUCCUCUCUGCAAGGAGCCAGGGAGGAAUUUGCUCUAUGACCUGGCUUUUGAUAGCAGCGAUGACGGCUUCUGACCAGCCUCGUGGACUUCAGCUGGCGACCUGUGGUCUUAGCCAGAAACACACUCGAAAUGAUCCUCAGGAGUAAGUCCCCAAACUGGCCCGGGCCCCUGAAGGUAGAGGCUCUUCAGGGGGUUGGGCACAGACUUGGCACUGUGCCUACCAGGGGCCCAUGAUACAAGAUUGAGUGCAUCUUUCAUUACUGGGACGAAACACGUGAAGACUCCUGGUGAGAACAGGGACAGAUGCUGGGCAGUACAGCAUCAGGAGGGGAGGAGGAGGGGAAGGUGGUCUUGCUGUGGAAGGAAGGCAUAUGGGAUGGCAGCUAGCAGAAGGGUUCUCACAAAUGUCGCUGUAGCAGCCUGACUCUCAGACACAACAGUUCCGGUCUGUGAAAUGUCCCCCGCACAUGCUCAAUACUUUUCCAAGCCUCAAGACUGUUACUUCUUAUCGUUUAAGUACAGCUUUGCCACCUGAGUUCUUCUGGUUUUGGCCAGUGGAUGUUUUGAUUCACAUGAAGUCAGUCUUGCAGUGAACACAUGCCACAGCUCCGCACCAAAGAGGGGUGACAGGCACUGAGUAACUGUCCAGAGCCCCGCUGUUCACAGCCCAUACGACUCUACCUUUCUUUCUGUCUUUUUCACCUCCAUGGUUUUUUCCAAUCACUUUUUUAGAGCUAGUGUGAUUUCUGUAGGUCCUGGAGAGCACUGAGUUUAUAUGAGACUUUGGCUUUCAAGUUAUG